CCCGGUGUGUCCGGUCCGGUCCGGUCCGGUCGGUGUCGGUGAUGGCGCCUCGGCUGCAGCUGGAGAAGGCGGCGUGGCGCUGGACGGAGACGGUGCCUCCCGAGGCGGUGGCGCAGGAGCACAUCGAAGCGGCCUACCGCGUCGGGCUGGAGCCCUGCCAGCGCGGCGCCUGCCGGAGGAACUGCCGGGGGAACCCCAACUGCCUGGUGGGCAUCGGGGAGCACGUGUGGCUGGGUGAGAUCGAUGAGAACAGCUUCCACAACAUCGACGACCCCAACUGCGAGCGCCGCAAGAAGAACGCCUUUGUGGGCUUGACGAACCUCGGUGCCACGUGCUACGUCAACACCUUCCUGCAGAUGUGGUUUCUGAACCUGGAGCUCCGGCAAGCCCUCUACUUGUGUCCCAGCACCUCCAUGGCUGGAGAGGGCAUCCCCAAGGACAAAGACUAUGAGCCUCAGAGCAUUUGUGAACACCUGCAGUACCUGUUUGCCCUGCUGCAGAACAGCAAGAGGCGAUACAUCGACCCCUCUGGCUUUGUCAAGGCGCUGGGCUUGGACACGGGGCAGCAGCAGGAUGCCCAGGAGUUUUCCAAGCUGUUCAUGUCGCUGCUGGAAGAUACUUUAUCCAAACAAAAGAACCCAGAUGUCCGAAACAUAGUGCAGAAGCAGUUCUGCGGAGAGUACGCCUACGUCACGGUCUGCAACCAGUGUGGCAGAGAGUCCAAACUCGUGUCUAAGUUUUAUGAGCUGGAGUUAAACAUCCAAGGGCACAAGCAGUUGACAGACUGUAUAACGGAAUUCCUUAAGGAAGAAAAACUAGAAGGGGACAAUCGUUACUUCUGUGAGACGUGUCAGAGCAAGCAGAAUGCCACGAGGAAGAUCAGGCUGCUGAGCCUUCCCUGCACGCUCAACCUGCAGCUCAUGCGCUUCGUGUUUGACAGACAAACUGGCCAUAAGAAGAAGCUGAACACCUACAUCGGCUUCUCAGAGCUGCUUGACAUGGAGCCUUUCAUGGAACAAAAAAAUGGUGUCUAUGUCUACGAGCUGAGUGCUGUCCUCAUCCACCGUGGUGUGAGUGCCUACUCCGGGCACUACAUUGCCCACGUGAAGGACCCGCAGACGGGCGAGUGGUACAAGUUUAAUGAUGAAGACAUCGAAAAGAUGGAAGGGAAGAAACUGCAGCUGGGGAUUGAGGAAGAUCUAGCGGAGCCAUCGAAAUCCCAGACUCGGAAACCCAAGUGUGGGAAGGGGACACACUGCUCCCGGAAUGCCUACAUGCUGGUGUACAGGCUGCAGACCCGGGAGAAAUCCCUGACAGUCGAAGUGCCAGCUUUCCUGCAGGAGCUGGUAGAACGUGACAACUCCAAGUUCGAGGAGUGGUGCAACGAAAUGGCCGAGAUGCGCAAGCAGAGCGUGGCCAGGGGCAAAAUCAAGCACGAGGAGGUGAAGGAGCUCUACAAAAGGUUACCCGCUGAAGCUGGUUCCCCAUACGACUUCAUCUCCCUGGAGUGGCUGCAGAAAUGGCUGGAUGAGUCCACUCCUCCCAAACCCAUAGAUAACACUGCUUGCCUCUGCUCCCAUGGCAAGCUCCAUCCCGACAAAAUAUCCAUCAUGAAGAGGAUAUCGGAGUACGUGGCUGACUUCUUCUACAGGAGAUACGGGGGAGGGCCCCGGCUGAAUGUGAAAGCACUUUGCAAGGACUGCGUGGUGGAAAGGUGUCGAAUCCUGCGGCUGAAGAACCGCUUAAAUGAAGACUACAAAACCGUGACCAACCUGCUGAAGAUCACAGUCAAGGGGAAUGACGGGUUCUGGGUUGGAAAAGCAUCCUUGAGGAGCUGGCGUCAGCUGGCUCUGGAGCAGUUAAAUGAGCAAGAUGAAGACACGGAGCACAGUAAUGGGAAAAUGAAUGGAAACGCACAAAGCAAAGAUGAAUCCAGUGAAGAGAAGAGAGAGGAGGAAGAGGAGUUAAAUUUUAAUGAAGACAUCGUUUGCCCACAUGGUGGCCUGUGCAUAUCCGAGAACGAUCGCAGGGUGGUUUCCAAGGAAGCCUGGGAGAAACUCAAGCAAUACUUUCCAAAGGCCCCUGAAUUCCCAAACAACAAAGAGUGCUGUUCCCAGUGCAAGAUCUUGGAGCGUGAAGGGGAGGAGAACGAAGCUCUGCAUAAGAUGAUGGCCAGCGAGCAGAAGACUUCUCUCCAGAACCUGUUCCAUGAUAAAUGCAGACCUUGCCUGGGCAGCUGGCCUCAGGAGACAGAUGAGCUGUACAUCGUUUCGCAGUUCUUUGUGGAAGAGUGGAGGAAAUUUGUCAGGAGGCCAACGCGCUGCAGCCCCGUGUCCUCGGUAGGGAACAGCGCUCUCCUCUGCCCCCACGGAGGCCUCAUGUUCACCUACGCUUCCAUGACCAAAGAAGACUCCAAACUUAUAGCUCUGAUAUGGCCCAGCGAGUGGGAGCGGAUUCAAAAACUCUUUGUUGUGGAUCACGUCAUCAAAAUCACCCGGACAGCAGCGCCCGGGGCGGACCCCGAGGGUGCCCUUUACACCUCUGAGCCCCAGCUCUGUCCGGAGUGCAGAGAAGGGCUGUUGUGCCAACAGCAACGGGACUUGCGUGAGUACACCCAGGCAACCAUCUACAUCCAUAAAGUGGUGGAUAAUAAGAAGGUCAUGAAGGACGCUGCUCCGGAGCUGAACGUGAGCAGCUCAGAAGCGGAAGAGGACAGGGAGGAAAACAAGCCAGAGGGGGAGCAAGACCCAGAUUUUAACCAGACCAACGGCGGGGCGAAGCGCCAGAAGAUCUCGCACCAGAGCUACAUCCCUUACCAAAAACAAGGCAUCCGGCGAAGCACCCGGCACCGCAAGGUCCGAGGGGAGAAAGCACUGCUCGUGUCUGCUAACCAGACCCUGAAGGAGCUGAAAAUCCAGAUCAUGCAUGCAUUUUCAGUUGCUCCCUUCGACCAGAACUUGUCCAUCGACGGGAAGAUGCUGAGCGACGACACGGCGACGCUGGGCAGCCUGGGAGUCAUCCCCGAGUCCGUCAUCUUGUUGAAGGCUGAUGAACCCAUUGCAGAUUAUGCAGCGAUGGACGACGUUAUGCAAGUUUGUAUGCCUGAAGAAGGAUUUAAAGGGACUGGUUUACUUGGCCACUGAUGGUUUCCUAAGCCUUGGCAACAGAGGCACAACCAGAAGGGAAGAGGAUUUUGACAUGGGUAGGGCAUUAAAACAGAGCAGGUGGACACAGGACUGAACUCUUUGACUCUUCCAGAAGGCAGAAUCCCAUUCGGAAGUGACUGCCCCCCCCUCUAAAGAAAUCAAAAUGCCUUAUGUCAAAGCAGAUUGCACUGGAGGACGCCCUGCCCUGGCGCCAGCGGGGCCCUCUUUGGGGUUUCAUCCAGCCCCGGCUCAGCCCCACGUGGUGUUGUCUGCAGAGGGUCCUGAUCCCAUCCAACAACCCCUUCCUUGACCCGUUCUCGAGGAACUCUUUAGGCGCAACCUGCUUCUUCCGGAUAAUCCUGUCUUUGAUCCGCUCGUACUCGUUCCGUGCCGCAUGGAAGUAAAGGAAUUGUUACUUGUGA